CUUAGUGGCAUGCCACUCCGGCGCAACGCAACCACCAUCCCAUUUCUCCUUUCUCCAGCAUCGUCGACACAACAACCAUCGACGCUGCUUGAUUCCAAAAAUGCCUUCCGACGACGAGUCAUCCGAUCUCUCAUCGCUUUCAUCUCUGUCACCGGUUCCAUCCGAUGUCGACCUCGAUGACUUGAGUGCGAUUGAAGACGCCAAAGACUCCAAGAGUGGCAUCCUCAAAUUCUUCUCCAAACUUUCAGAACAACCCCCGAAAUCUCCAUCGCCUCCUCCGCGCAAGCGCUCGCCAUCUCCGCCGCAUGAAUAUGUUCUUGCCGAUAAUGCAGACAUCGCUUUCAUUGUCAUGUUCAGAAGCCGAUUUACCGAUUCCUUGCCCAAGUCACUCGCCAAUUUUGGCCCCCAGGAACUCGAACGUGAUGUGGUGGAAGCAAUCCCCGGCGAUCGAGUCGAACACUUUCUUUGCGCGCUCCUAGGCUUGCUUUUGAACCGUAAACAAGAUGUCAAGAUCGGUCAUUAUAACCGAGCAUUGGAGGAUGCCAUUACAACACACAAGGGGCAGUGGCCCGCGUCCUGGGAGGAUAAGAGCCCCCUUGCUGCCGGAGCUAACUUCCACACCAUGAACCCCACGGAGCGUCUGACACUGUUGCGCUAUCUAAUCCUUUGGACGAUGGCUUCAUCGGACACCGUUAAAGCGGCGAUCAACCAGUCCUAUAAGCAGAACCGACACGAAGAUGACUUGAACCAAGCACGUGCAGUACAACCUUGGGGCUCGGAUGCUGAUAAGCGAAGAUACUAUCUAGUCGAAGGCCAAGAUGACACUGCCUUCCGUGUAUACCGCGAGAGCAACCCAGCCGGAACUAAUCGCACGUGGUGGAGCGUUGCAGGUACCAUCGACGAGCUGAAAGAAUUGUCGGAGAAACUUGAGACGAAAGAUGGCGGACCUAGAGCGAAGAAGCUCAGCCAAAAGAUCCUUCAGGCGGUACCACGCUUUGAGGCUGGCGAGGAGAAACGAAAGAAGAGAGAAUACCGCCAAAUUCGAAAGGAACAAUUUAAGAGACCAGAAUCUGGACUCUCAAUGUAUGAAGGACGUACAAGAGGCAAACGUGUCAAGUACACAUAUUCAGAUGAUGAGGAUGUCUUCUUUUCCGACUCGACCGGCUACAGACGAUCAGCUAGAAAUACGGGUAUCGAGAGUCCCGCCGAACCUGCAAUGACGACAACUGCCAGUGGUAGGCAGGUGCGCGCUGCUUCUAGAAUGAACAUGGCAGAUGACAGCGCUAGUGUACGAGACGAUCUCUCAGAAUUUGAUGAAGAAAACAGCAUUGGUCCAACUGGCCGACCUCGUCGCUCGGCGGCUGUAAAUCACGGCACAAAUGGAUGGACCACAGCUGAGAGCAAGCUUCGUCGUGCGCAUACGGACUCAGAUGCAUCGGAGAGUGAAGCAGACUUUGGCGACGACGAAGAGGAUGCCGAUGCUCCUGCACAUGAGGACUCCGAGGGAGAAGACGAGUUUGAUGAGGACGAAGCCAUGGUUGAUGAUGACUUGGAAACCGAAUCAAAGAGUUUGGUUGUCAAGUUGGCUGUCACGGCGCCUAAUUUGCGUACGGUACUCUCUCCUGUAGACCAAGACACCAACACCCUUCCAACGCCAGACACUCAGGACUGGCCAGCAAAGGAUCUACCACCACCACAAACAGCCAAUGUGGUAACAGAAGACAUCAAAGCACAAGUCACCCCCGACACUAGCUUGGAGCCCAACAACCCCAACCUGGAACAAGCUAGCAACAGUGUCGAGCAAGCGACCAAAGCAGCACCAGUGUCGCCAGUGGCGACCACAUCGCUCGCUUUCAGAGGAAGCCCCGAAAAGCCUCCCCCACAACCUCUUGCUUCUACGACGAUUAUUCAGGGCCAAGAAUAGACUUGGGACUAGACAUACAUGGUGUGGCUUGGCGUUUUAGGCGAAUUGUUUAAAAUUGUUGUAUGUACGGAGGUAUUGGGUUGAAUUGGGAGAGCAAGAUACACGUAAUGAAGACGGACCUUUGAGUUACCACAAUAUGUUACCCCAAUAUCUUGCCCAGAGCUGAUUAUGAACGUCUCAAUGAUAGAUGUAUGGAUCAAGUUUGAUUUCAAAAAAGGGGGUAAUAAAAUGGCUUUUAAAUUUGUACAUGUCCUCUAACAGAUGCGCCAGUGCUAAGAUGCAAGUAAAAGUAACAAAUCACGCGAGACUAUUGCUGCGACGGAAGUUUCCAGUUGUUGACUUCGUACCACCACCUGCGGAAUCUGGCUCCUACUGAGUUGCCAUGUACCCUAGCAUUCCGGUUCCAGCCCUGCCAGCCGCAGAGGAUGAGGUUAUAAACGAGGCCCUGGGUGAGGGGCAUUAGGACCUAGGUGUCCAUAUUAGUAUCUUGUCCAGUUUGUGCAUAAUUAAUUAUGCUAGGGGCUACUUACCUGAUCUCUCAGUGUAAUAAGCAAGACUUUGUACCAUGUGUCCGCAUUGGCAAUGCUCUUCAUGUAGCUAUGCUCAAAACGCAGGUCUGGCAUAGGAGGCAUCGUCGGCUGGGGUUGACGGGGUCGGCGAAGCACGCUUAUGGGGAUAUCGUCGACGUCGUCUAUGUCAUCGUACAUGCCAUCCUUCUCUGCAGAGGACAUGGCUAAAUCGCGAUAUAGAUGGCCUCUGAACUGCGCGGCCUGGGCGAUGCGGCUGGCGUCGGCCGCUUCUGACGGACGUGACAUGGGAAAGGAGCGAUUGUGGCAGCGCUGCUUCUGGUCGGUACGGGUGUGUAGUUGUGUAGUUGACAGCCUGUGAUAAGAAUCAUUCGAAAUCUCCGGAAAUCGUAUCGCAAUACCUAGUCUUGGC